CGGGCGACAGGCGCCUGGGAUGAUGCCGCCACCGCCACCGCCGCUGCCGCCGCGGGACGGGUUCGGGUCUGGGUCGGACUCAGCCGGUGUGGGGAGCGGGACCGCCCCGGUCGUGGCGGCCACUGCGGGAGCGCACUGAACGGUCGCCUGUCAUGUCCAGGAAGAAGACCCCCAAGUGCAAGGGGGGCAGCGUGCCUGCUGCCUCCGCUCUGCCUGCUGCCAACGGGCCCCGACCGGUGCGUCCCGGGACUACGCACCCUGGCCCCCAGGCGCCGCCCAACGGGCCCCCGCAGUUCGGUCGGCCCUCGCUUGGCGGCGGUGGCGACUUCUACGACGUCGCCUUCAAGGUUAUGCUGGUGGGAGACUCAGGCGUGGGGAAGACCUGUCUGCUUGUACGCUUCAAGGAUGGUGCUUUCCUGGCAGGCACCUUCAUCUCCACUGUGGGCAUAGACUUCCGGAACAAAGUUUUGGACGUGGAUGGAGUGAAGGUGAAGCUGCAGAUCUGGGACACAGCUGGCCAGGAACGGUUCCGCAGUGUCACUCAUGCCUACUACCGAGACGCUCAUGCACUACUGCUACUCUAUGAUGUCACCAACAAGGCCUCCUUUGACAACAUCCAGGACUCCCUGGAUAAGGCACUUGUAAGGUGGGCACCUCUGCCCAACGAAUGGGAGCUUUUUGGAAACGGGCAAUCUACAAGGUGUGGCCUGGAGGGGCCAAGUUUCCAAAAGGGUAAGGUGUGCAAGGAGCACCAGCCCCCAGCUCUCCCCACAGGCUUGGCUGACAGAGAUCCAGGAGUAUGCCCAGCACAACGUGGUGCUCAUGCUGCUGGGGAACAAGGAAUAUGGGUUGCCCUUCAUGGAGACCAGUGCCAAGUCAGGCCUCAAUGUGGACUUGGCCUUCACAGCCAUAGCAAAGGAGCUGAAACAGCGCUCCACGAAGGCUUCCAGCGAGCCCCGCUUCCGGCUGCACGAGUAUGUUAAAAAUGAGGGUCAAGGGUCUUCCUGCUGCCGAUCCUGAACCUAGCUGAGCUCAAUUCCACUCUGGAGGAAGCAGCACAGACCUGGAAGGCUGGACAGAGGAUUUUCAGGCCCUUUUGACUUCACACAGUGGCCAUCCCAGUGGUGUCCAUUUCCAGGACUCCCAUGCAAGCCUCACCCCUUCCUUGUUUAAGCUGUAGUCAUUAAUAUUCAGUCCCAACAUGCAGGCUUCAAAGCCAUCACAGAAAAACAAAGGUCUUGAGCCCAGGAGGGGGCGCCCAGCAAGUGUACUGACAAGAAUGAAGGGCUUUGCUGCCCCCUGCCGGGCACUCCCAGUGUGCCACAGGCCAGCAUAUACAUUACAGCAACUGACCUUAGAAAAUUCAUGCCUUCAGCCAGACGCUGUUUAGGCAGGAAUCCCCAUACUUGGGACAGAGGGCUUCACUGAUAACAACAUCCUGUAUUUGUGUGCGCUAAGGUCCAGAGCCACCCACUCCCAGCUAGGAAUCUCUGGUUCACCAAAUGGAUCCUCUCAUGUGACCCUGGAGGACACCAAAGCUGUGAUUUUUAAUACAGGGAACAGCAUAUGGGAAAUCACAGUAGUGUCAGGAAAUUAGGACCAACAGCCCUAACCUACUGACCAGGGUACCAACUUAGCAGGUCAGGGCACCUGCUCACAACUAAAGCCUGUGGUUGCCAAGCUCUCUCCAUCUUACAUGAAGUUAUCAAACCUGUCUUUUGAUUGUGAGCCUGUCUUUUUUCCAGUCCUAGUAAAUAAAGAUGUGUUUUUCUGGAA